CAUGUCCUUGAUCGAUGACUUCUCAAACGAGGCUGUGGGCACGUCACUGGCAGGCUUUGUUGGUGCUUAUAUGUUCGAGGCGUUCUUGUACGGAAUCAAUGUCAUUCUAUUUGCCCUUUGCAUCUACGUCCUGUGGGUACCCUGGCGCACGCCUCGCUGGCCUUUUCUCCUCGCUGUCUCAGCUAUGCUCGCAAUCUCGACGGCCGACAUUGGCGUCACAUUGCACUUCCUCUUCCGGUUUAUUCUGCAAGGAAGGGCAGUUCCCGCCAAGAACACGUAUCCGAAGCGCAUUUUCCUCGUUUCAAACAGCACCAUCGCUGGCUGUCUGAUGUUAUACCGAUGUUACAUCAUAUGGUCAAGGAAACGGCGUGUUAUCGCCUUCCCUUGUUUAUUACUUUUCUCCGCAUCGGGCUGUGGCUUUGUGUUUUCGAUACCCAUGUCUCCGCGCCUCCGUAAUCUUUUACCAAUCUAUCUGUGGAUUGCAUUCGGUUUCAACAUGCUAAUCGCGAUACUGAUAGCUGCGAGAAUACUUUGGCUUGCUAGAACCGCUCGCUCUAUUCUCGGAGUUGCGACCGCGCGAAGAUGCCUUUUUUUCUUCGCAUUGAGUAUAGGAUCCGGGGUCAUCUAUCCUAUUUACUUGCUUUUGAACAUGGUCGUCGAUACGAUCGUGAUUGAUGCAGGGCUAAUCCAGGUUGUGUGCAUAGCGCCCGCCUUAAUGGUGGUGCAAGUCGGAUUGAGCCGAUACACUCAGGAAGCACAGACGGACAUAGCCCUGCAGCAUAUUGGGCAACAGCAGAGCUCCAGCACUCCCGUCCUCGACUCUGUUUUCAGCACCGUCGGGACAGCAGGAGGCGGCGGUAAUGCCGGCGGUGUUGCCCAGACACCACACCAGAGCCAGACGCAGAUUUCGCCACCUCAGGAGGAGGAGCGUCAUGAUAAUGAUGAUGUUUG